AUGGCAAGCUCUACAGGCCACUUAAUAGGUGGAUUUGCCGGAGGCCUUUCCUCUGCUGUUGCGUUGCAACCACUCGACCUUCUCAAGACUAGAUUCCAACAGACCAAGGGUGGUACCCUGUGGCAGACAGUAAAGUCGCUUGAUACACCAUGGCAGUUAUGGAGAGGAACACUACCUAGUGCAAUUCGUACAUCUGUUGGGAGUGCACUAUAUUUGUCAAGUCUCAACUUGAUGAGAACUGCUCUGGCGAAACGUAAGCAGUUUGACACUGCGGACAGUGUGGUCACAGGUAAGAGCAGCAACUUACCUCAAUUAAGUAUGUAUGAGAACCUAGUGACUGGUGCGUUUGCUAGAGGUACUGUGGGUUACAUAACAAUGCCCAUUACAAUCAUAAAGGUCAGGUAUGAGUCUACCCUGUACAAUUACAAGAGCAUUGCAGAGGCAGCCAAAUCGAUCGCGGCACAGGAAGGGAUUAGAGGCUUCUUUAGAGGAUUUGGGCCAACGUGUCUAAGGGAUGCCCCUUAUUCUGGGUUAUAUGUGCUACUGUAUGAGAAAUUGAAGCACACUCUACCCACUAUUCUUCCAAAAUCGUUGCUACAACUCGAUUCUGAAGGUCGGUAUACAGCGUACACUUCAACAGCAAUUAAUUCUACAAGCGCCAUAUUGUCAGCUAGUAUGGCAACAACAGUAACUGCUCCAUUCGACACAAUUAAAACCAGAAUGCAGCUGGAGCCAACAAAAUUUAAAACGUUCUGGUCAACCCUUACAACAAUAGUUACGCAAGAACAUCCAAUCAAAAUAUUCUCUGGACUAAGCAUGAGACUGACUAGGAAGGCACUCAGUGCUGGUAUUGCUUGGGGUAUAUACGAAGAACUUAUCAAGCAUUUCAUGUAA